AUGGCCACCGUUUUGGUUCAGCAGCAAGCGCUGCACCACUCGACCCCUCCUCCUUCCCCUAUCCCUUCUGCCUUGACAGUCAACCGGCGAUCAAGUCCCAUCCCGAAUAAACAUAUCCCAAUAUGCCCCACAGGUCCUACUCCACCGAGCCCCUCUCUACAACCAUCAGUAUUCCGAAACAGCGACCAACCUUCUUCCUUACUGUCACCCCCGGAUGAGUCCACGCGCAUUGGACUUCCGGCAUCGCCGGCUGUAUACACAAUUGAUGGAGCCAAACUGGCAGCUGCGAUCGCUCAUACCGCCUCGCAACCCAUGCCCGACGCCUCCCUCAUGUUCCCAUGGUUACACGGCCUCCACCAAGAUAACCAUCUACAACUGGGAUUCUUCUCAAGUCGCAAGCGCCACCCACGUCGCACCCCCAAAUGUUGGCGAGGUAUCACCGUGGUAAAACUCGGAGAUGAUUUAUCCAAGUCGCGCAUCAAGGGCGCAGUCGGCGUCUAUGAGGUGUUAGCACCUUCAGCUCGCUUCUUGUUGGCUGAUCCUCCUGAGGGGUUCUCGGUUCGCAACUUCCAGAUACAAACCGCCAAGCUGGCUGCGAUGUCGGACAUUGUUGUAUACGCCGAGGAUGAAGGUAGCCAAAAAGAACUUGUCGAUCUCGCCAACAAAUUCGCCAUGGCUCAGCAGGCGUGGAGACUCAAGAUGGAUCCCCUGCAGGAGCGACCGAGGUACAAUACUUUCAUUCUUGCCGACAAAUUUUCCGAUGUUGCGCUCAACCAGCCUGAGAUUAUUGCUGUUGAUGCAGAAGGUCGUUCGACGGGUCGCAUUAUGGAUUUCGUUCAAUGGGAGCGCCUAGAAAUGGCUGCCAUGUCUCGAGCAUCUGAAAUUUCGUCCAAUGUCUGGCUUGGAAAUACCCCGGAUUACUUGCAUUCAUCUGUACCUAGGGCUUCAAAUGAAGAAUCUUUCGACCUUCUGAUCGACGCAAGCGACAUGGCCAGCAUCCCCGGGCCCCGAUACCUUGCCAUGCUCGACAAGCAACUCGAGAGUGGCCCUCAACGAAUGGAGUUCCCCUCAUCAGGAUCUCUUGUCCUUCCAUCUGGCAACACCCGAGAGAUCGAGGACAUUGUCAACACUAUCCGAUGGAUCUACUAUCUCGCACACCCUGAAUCCCCCUCAGAAGAACUUGAAGCUGACGGUGAUACCGCAAUGACCAACUCCCGAGGGAAGCCGCGCAAGAUCCUCAUCCACUGCGCGGAUGGAUACACGGAAACCUCACUGCUGGCAGUCGCGUACUUCAUGUUUGCGGAAGGCGUGCCCGCACACGAAGCCUGGCUGCGCCUACACUGCGAUAAAAAGCGCAACUUCUUCGCCUACCCGACGGACGUUGCAUUCCUAUGCCACAUCCAGGGCCGCCUCCUACAAGAAAGCCCCGCAGGGCAAUCAACCGAUCCUUCGGAAAUGUGGGAUCCAGACUGGUUCCACAACAUGGAUGGCUCCUUGCCGAGUCGCAUCUUGCCUUAUCUAUAUCUCGGCAAUUUGACCCAUGCGAAUAACCCGGAGUUAUUGUGGGAGCUUGGUAUCAAGCGCGUGCUUAGUAUCGGCGAGGCUGUCAACUGGACGGAUAGGGACCGCGCCAACUGGGGGCCUGAUAAUUUGAUGUACAUUGAUAAUGUCCAAGACAACGGCAUUGAUCCUUUGUGUCAAGAGUAUGAUCGUUGUUUAGAGUUCAUUGAAAAAGGGAAGCGUGACGGUGUUGCUACGUUGGUUCAUUGUCGAGUCGGUGUUUCUAGAUCUGCAAGCAUCUGCAUUGCCGAGGUCAUGGCAUCUAAACAGCUUUCUUUCCCAAGAGCAUACUGCUUUGUCCGCGCACGACGUCUCAACGUGAUCAUCCAGCCCCAUCUUCGCUUUGUCUACGAACUCCUUCAAUGGGAAGAAUACCAAAUGAAAAAGCGCGGCCAACCAUUGAAACGCGAGCUUGAAUGGGAUCAUGUCACACGCGAGAUCGCCAUGCUGAACAAGCCGUACUCGAGAACCUAA